AUGUCGAACCAAACCCCCGAGUCUUGGGAGGAUGAGCUCUCGCGGCAGACCGAGGGUGUCAACCUGAACGCACAAUCGCGCCCUCAGGCGCAAGCGCCAACAUUUACUCCUGGAGCCGCUUCCUUCACUCCUGGAGCUGCUUCCUUCACGCCAGGAGCCAAUGCCUUCGUUCCAGGACAGCAAUAUCAGCAAUAUGGUGGCGGUUACCCCUAUGCCCAGUAUGGCCAGCAGAACUACGGCUAUCCCCAGCAGCAGGCCUACGGCCAAUACGGCGCAUAUGGCCAGCAACCCGGUGGCUACAACCAGUACUAUAACCAGCAGCCUGGUGGUUUCCAGCAGCAGCCUCGCCAGAAUGCCCCUGCUGCUGCGCCUCAGGAGCCCGCCCAGCAGGCAGCCCCUACCCAGUCCGCCCCCAAGCCCGCCGCUUCUGCCGCUCCCCCUAAGGCCAAGGUCCUGUCCAUCGGCGCCACCACCUCCACUACCGCCCCUAAGACCAAGGUUCUCUCCAUUGGAACUCCUACCGCAGCCGCGAAGACAGACUCCACCUCAAAAGGUGACUCGAAGGGACCUGCAGCUGCUGAGGCUGGCGCCAAGGUCGCCGCCGCAAAGGCAGUUGAGAAGACUGAUAAGAAGGCCGACCCCAAGGCUGCCGCGAGCGGCAAGUCUUCGCCCACUCCUUCCACAGGCCGCUCUAGCCCGGGUCGUUCAAGCCCGGCUCGCGGUGCCGAAGCUGCGAAGGCCACCCGUGACGCCAAUGCUGUUGCUAAGCAGCAGGCGGCCGAUGUCGACGAGGCCACUCUGAAGGAAAUCUACGGUGAGAAGCGAGAGCACGUCAACGUCGUCUUCAUUGGUCACGUUGAUGCUGGCAAGUCCACUCUGGGUGGUUCUUUGCUGUACUGCACCGGCAUGGUGGACGAGCGAACAAUGGACAAGUACAAACGCGAAGCCAAGGAGGCGGGUCGUGAGACAUGGUAUUUGUCAUGGGCGCUGGAUCUGACCAACGAGGAGCGCUCCAAGGGCAAGACUGUGGAAGUCGGACGUGCAUUUUUCCGAGUCACAAUCCCCGAUCCCGAUGGUCCCAUCACCCGCGAAUUCUCCAUUCUUGAUGCUCCCGGUCACAAGUCAUAUGUCCCACAUAUGAUUGGUGGUGCCUCCCAAGCCGAUAUCGGUGUGCUCGUCAUCUCUGCCCGUAAGGGUGAGUACGAGACUGGUUUCGAGAAGGGUGGCCAGACCCGUGAGCACGCUCUGCUUGCUCGUAACACCGGUGUCGCGAAGCUUGUGCUUGUUGUGAACAAAAUGGAUGACCCUACUGUCGAAUGGUCUAAGGACCGCUUCGAUGAGUGUACCGUCAAGGUUAUCAAGUUCUUGGAAGCCCUUGGCUACAAGAAGACCGAUAUCUUCUGCAUGCCCAUCUCUGCUCAGCGUACCGUUGGUAUUAAGGACCGUGUUUCGAAGGAGCUGUGCCCGUGGUACGAUGGACCAUCUCUGUUGGAAUACUUGACCGACUUCAAGCUUCCCGAGCGUAAGAUCAACGCUCCUUUCAUGAUGCCGAUCAGCGCCAAGUACCGUGAUAUGGGCACUAUGUGCGAAGGCCGCAUCGAAUCUGGUGUAGUCAAGAAAAACAGUACUUACAUCAUGAUGCCCAACCGCAGUGAAGUCCAGGUUGCCGCCCUUUAUGGUGAGACCGAAGAUGAGAUCCCGAAUGCUACCUGCGGUGACCAGGUUCGCAUGCGUCUACGUGGAGUGGAAGAAGAAGAUUUCUAUCCCGGCUUCGUGUUGUGUUCCCCUAAGCGCCCUGUUCACUGUGUGUCUGCCUUCGAGGCUAAGAUUCGUAUCUUGGAUCUCAAGAACAUUCUCACUGCCGGUUUCAACUGCGUCCUCCACGUCCACUCUGCCGUCGAAGAAGUCACUAUUGCCGCCUUGCUCCACAAGCUUGAGCCUGGCACUGGCCGCAAGAGCAAGCGCCCUCCUCCCUUCGCCAAUAAGGGCCAAACUAUCAUUGCUCGCAUCGAGGUCACCAGCACUGCCGGUGCCGUCUGUGUCGAAAACUUCGCCGACUACCAGCAGCUCGGACGUUUCACCCUUCGUGACCAGGGUCAAACAAUUGCUAUUGGUAUGAUCACCAAGCUCAUCUUGCCCGACGGCGAGGCAUAA